AUGGAAAGUUAUGCACACUCUAAUGAACGGGUGUUAACAUCGGGUGAUAAAGUGACCGGAAAAUGUAUAAUUGAAAUAGAUGGCGUGCUCAAAUUGUCACAGAUUGUAAUAAACAUAAUUGGCUUUGAAUACGCUAGAAUUGAACAAGGUAGAUCUACAUACUACGGACAUGAUCGAUUUUUAAAAGUUGAUUUCAAUUUCGUGGGUCAAGCCCUGGAUAGGGAAAUAGGCAAGGGCCUUCACGAAUUACCCUUUGUACUUCCGCUACCAAAUGAAGGUAUUCCAUCGAGUUUUAAGGCGAGGAACGCUGCCGUCGAGUACUCUAUUAAUGGAAUGUUACGAAAGCCUCAAAUAUUUAAGAGAAAUCACCGUGUUGAUAAAAUACCAUUUAUUGUGGAGGCGCCCUUUAUUCUACCUGAGCUAAUGUUACCAAGGCAAAUGGUGAGCGAAAAGCAAAUUGGUUUGCUUGCCAAUGACGGUUCUGUUCGGGGCACAGUGUCCGUCCCAAUGGACAUACCCUUGUCUAUGGAAGCAACGCACAUUUCCAUCACGUACGAAUUACGCUUCACUGUAAAAAUACCUGUCCAACUUCUCUUGGGUGAACUUCUCUUGGAUGAACACCUCCUCAUAAUGAACGAGACGCAUCCGAUGCUCAGAUAUUUGAACAAUUGGCCAAAAUUAUAA